AAAAUCUAAUGCGUUGUAUUUGCCAAUAAGGACAGUACUAUUGAAAAUUGUUUCACAGUGUUUCCUUUUAGGAUUUUAAUGAAAUAUAUUUCAUAUAAAAUAUAUGUUUUUUCGAUGGAUUUAAACUUGUAGGAUUUUUUUAAUUGUGUGGGUAGACGACGUUUCAACCCACUUAAGUUCGUAAAACCAGAUGUUUUUUUUAAUUGUCCGGCAUUAGACGUUUUAGGUUCGGGGGUUAGAGUCAAUUUGAGGUCAAGCAGCGCCCGCUUUGUUAGUCUUUAUACUACUCAUUUUGGGAACGCCCUGUCACACACGAAACAAAAAUUGCAGUUAAAAAUCUUUGUGUUUUUUACUCUUGCAUUUCAUAAAAGUUUUAAUACUUGAUUAAUGUUAACGACCUUUUCAUUUUACACUUGUAGGUUUAACUAAAUAUUGUUUGAAUAAUACCAUAAAUAUCACAUGUAUGUUAUUAGUAGACAAGCAUUCCUAUAUUUCCGUCAUUCUCCAUACAAAACCGAUUGUUCCGUAAUAUGAAUUACGGUACGGGAACGGCAACCCUUAGUUACGCAGGUUGUGUAUUCGUAUGUCUACCUUGUUUUGUUUUUGAGAAUAAAUAUACAUGCGUGUUAUUAAUUUGAAAAAAAAUAGACCAAUUUCGGAUUAAUGGAAUGUUAUCGAUAAUAAACUGCGUUAAAUGCAGUCAAGCAAAUUAAAAUAAGUAAAGUCAAUUUUUGCACAUAUUACAUAAUUCCCGUUAUUAUGCUGUAAACACACCGAACAAGGAAGUCGAAUUUCUAGACUAACAUUUCGUUCAACAUAAACGAUAUAAGUUUGGAAGAAAAAUGUUAAAGGAUGAUAAUGAUUUACUUUGAAAGCCUUGUAAAAGAAAUACAUUUAAGCUGCACACAUAUUAAAUAGUUGUAUUUUCGGUUUCCCGUCGCAGUUAUUUUGCUGUAAACAUACCGAUCAAGUUAGUAGCAGCUUAAAUAGGAUUUUAUAGAUUUUGAUAUAUUUUUCAAAGAAGCAAUAUAAAUAUGGAAGUGUCAGGAAGAAAAGUAUUUUGUAAGCCUUGUGAAGAAAGUGAAUUAUCCACGCGUGCUGAUGGGUUAUGUAGGGAGUGUAAGGAACAUAUGUGUAAAAUUUGUUUUGAUACACAUAAAAAAUGGAAACUUAAUCGAGGACAUACAUUGAUCAACUCUGAUGUGACAGUUGCAAAAAAAGAAAAGGCCGAAGAUUUAGAGAAAUGCGAUCAGCACUUCAGUGAGCUGAUCAAGUUUUAUUGUCCACAACACGAACAAGUCGGACGUGGUGACUGUAUGAUUCUUGAACACAAAACUUGCAAAGUCGAGUAUAUUCCUGACAAGGCGAGAGUAUUCAAAAGCAGUCAGGAGUUCAAAACCAUGGUCCAAGGAGCCGAGAAGUAUCUCAGUGAAGCGAAAGAAAUUUCAUCCUCAAUUAAGAAAAACAAGAAACAAGCUCUAUAUAUCAAUGAGAAGUUCCUCAAAGAUGUAAACAUGUUCCAAGAAGAAUUGAUUUCACAUGUCAAUAAAGUGACAAAUGCCAUAUUAAAGCAAGGAGAAAAUAUCAAGAUGAAGGACAUGAAGAGUAUGGAUGUGUUAGAAAAGGAAAAUGAAGACUUGAUAAUUGAAAUAUCGCGCUUGACUGAAAUGUUUGAGACACAGAAUGACCAACCUCAAAAGCUCUUUGUCAGUUCAGUUUUACAAAGGCCUAAACUGAAUCAACUUCGAGAACAACUUGACAGUAUACAAGGCAGAAACAAGAUUGAAAGUUACGAGUUUCAACGUAAUAAUAGCCUAGGGCGUUCCGUUAAAGACAGUAAACAACUUGGAAGUGUACAAAGAAUUAAGCCGAGGAACGAAACGGAUGUAAAAGAGGAAAUCAAACCAAAAGAAAGAACCCCGCCGCCUCAAGUCCCUGUGGUCAAGAAACCCCAGCCUUUGCUGGACAGACAACUAAUCUGCAGAAACAUUGCUGUUGAUGGAGAAUACCUCAGUUAUACGGAUAAUGGAAAUGGUGAGAUUAGUCUAUAUGUUGACAAGAAAUACGUGAGCAUUGGAAGCUAUUUCGAAGUGGAGAUAUUGAAUAUUGGUCAACGUGGCACUAUCGCUAUAGGCCUAGUACCAGAGAAUUAUCCAGAGAAUCAUCUGCCAGGAUGUGGAAAACGUUCUAUAGGAUAUCAUGCAAACGGCUUGUUGUAUAAUGGAAGUGGUUCUGGGAAGAAAUGUGGACCAAAGUGCAAUGUUGGUGACAGAAUAGGCUGCGGGAUAAUUAAUACCUUAGGGUUUAUCAAUAUAGCAGUGGUGUUUACAAGGAACGGAAGAAAGAUCGGAAACAGAGAUUUGCCAUACGGAGCAGGAUCUUUUGCUAUUGGGAUGCACUCAGCGGGUGAAAAAGUAAAAGUUAUACUGGACGCAAAGUUGCCAAAGUAAAAAGGCAACUACCAACAAAUGAACUACUGUACAAAAUAGUGCAAAUGAGAAAAAUAUCAAGAAAACAGUUUGAUUUACAUGAAUUUAUACUUGUAUCACGUAAUACUAAUUAGGUCAUAUGAAUGUAAAUUGUCACUUUGAUAAUAACGAAAAAAAAUGUUGACAUUCGCUAUAAAUUGAUUGAGGUUGAAAAGACUAAAAUGCACAAUGUCUUAUUCUAUUUGUCUGUGUUCUAUGUAUUUAGAACUCUACUUCUGUUGUUCCACACUGUUUUUCAAAAACAUACAACAUAUUCUGUCUUUAAACACAAGUGUGGCCUUGACAUAUUAUUAUCUAAAUUUAACAAAUGCAAUCGCUGGAAACACACAUUUGUUAUAAGUUAAUGGAUACUAUGUAUCUGACCUGGAGAGGAGGAAUGGACGAAAGUCUAAGUGUAGUUUCUUUCUUUUGCCUCAUUUGUGAACAUGAUCUGAAGUAUAAAUGUAUUAAAUGCAAUGAGAGAAAGCAUUCUAUUGCUACAGGAAAAUGGUUUGUUUUCGAAGAGGAAUGCAUAAUCUUAGAUGUAUAUAUAAACUCUCAGUUAAAUGUUACAUUUUUUUAAGAUAGAUAUUCAUAAAGAUUUAGGAAUAUUUUCUAUAUUUAGCACUUAUGUAUUUUAAUUCUAUAUAUGCAAAUAUUAAAGCUUUCUUCUAAAUACUAUUUGUUAUUUAUGUAAAUAUUAAGUUCUAAUAUGAUAAACGUUUAUUUUUAUUCAAAAUAAGCAAUAUUGACAUCACGCCAACAUAUCAUUUGACGCCAUACAGGCGAAGAGAAAGGGUGCUUCCAUAUUUCACAAAGGCUUACAGGCGUAUAACCUCUUUGUCGUGUUUGCAAGUAACUAAACAUGAUUCUUAUAUUUAAUAUAUCAUUUCUGAACUAAUUUCUUAGU